AUGCUACGGGUCACUGUGGAGUCUGCCAGUGGAAUACCCAAAAAGAAACUUGGAUGCCCAGAUCCAAUUGUUGGAGUUUUAUUCAGAGGGGUAAAGAAGAAAACCCAAGUUAUUGACAAUGACUUGAAUCCUGUCUGGAAUGAGUUGCUGGAAUUUGACCUUAAAAGCUGUCCAUUGGAUGCAUCAUCUUUUGUGGAUGUAGUGGUGAAAGACUCUGAAACACUUGGAAAGGACAAAUUUAUUGGUUCUGCAAAGGUUUAUCUGAGAGAACUGUCCAGUGGUCAGGUGAAGGCCCUGCCCUAUAGGAAUGUACCGCUGAUCAAUGAAAAACAACAGGCCAUAGGGGCAGUUAUUAAUUUGCUUGUUGGAUAUGAACCCCCCGCUCACUCCACUCCAAACAUGAAUGACGGUGUAGAGGGAGAUAUUUCGCACGUCGAUGGAGACCACACAGGGGAUGGAGAUGACGGUGACGAAGAUGAAGAUGGAGGGGUUGUAUGUACGACUCCCGGGGUUCCAUCCUCCUCCCACCAGCCUGGACACAAAACAGUGAGCAUCAGCAGAAAGAGGCACCGACCCUUGGCCAAUAAACCCCAGGACUUCCAGAUCCGAGUCCGAAUUUUGGAGGCCCGGCAGCUUCCUGGUAACAAUAUAAAACCAGUGGUGAAAGCCAGCGUGUGUGGACAGACCCACCGGACCCGGAUCAGGCGAGGAAACAACCCAUUUUUUGAUGAGAUGUUUUUCUACAACAUAAACAUGCUUCCCUCGGAGCUGUUCGAUGAGAGUGUCAUUCUGAGGGUUUAUGACUCCUACUCCCUCCGCUCCGACAGCCUCAUGGGAGAAUUCAAAUUGGAUGUUGGCUACAUUUAUGAUGAGCCUGGCCACGCUGUGAUGAGAAAGUGGCUGCUGCUGAGUGACGCGGAGGACGCUACGUCAGGAGCCAAAGGUUACCUCAAAGUCACCAUGAUGGUCGUGGCCACUGGAGAUGAGCCCCCGUCCGAGAAGAGAGACACAAAUGAAGAGCAGGACGACGUGGAGAGCAAUCUCCUGGUUCCGGCCGGCGUCACGAUGCGAUGGGCCACACUCACUCUGAAAGUCUAUCGCGCUGAAGAUAUGCCUCAAAUGGAUGACGCCUUUAUUCAGACUAUGAAACAGGCCUUGGGAGGAGACGGAGACAGGAAAAACUUAGUAGAUCCGUAUUUAGAAGUCAGUUUUGCUGGAAAAAAGCUUUGCACUAAAAUAAUAGAAAGAAAUGCCAACCCCGAGUGGAAUCAGCUUGUCAAUCUUCAAGUGAAGUUUCCCUCUAUGUGUGAGCGUAUUAAACUAACCAUGUAUGACUGGGACCGCGCCACUAAAGACGAUGCCAUCGGUACAACGUUUUUAAAUCUCAGCAAAAUGUCCUCGUCUGGCGGAGAAGUCGAAGACUCAAACAGCAGCACCAUGUCUGAAUCUCAGUCUGAGGUUGGGUUUCUCCCUGCGUUCGGCCCCUGCUACAUGAACCUAUACGGGGGCCCCAGGGAGUUCAGUGCUCUUGGAGACCCGUAUGAAGAACUGAACUUUGGCAAGGGGGAGGGCGUGGCCUACAGAGGCAGAGUCCUGGUGGAACUGUCCACGCAGUUGGAUGCAAAGGUUGACCGAGCUGUGGAGGACGUCUGCAGCGAUGACAUUCUGGUGGCUCAGAAAUACCAGCGCAGGAGGCGGUUCUCUUUGUGCGCAGUCUUCCACAGUGCCUGCAUGCUCCAGGAGCCAGGGGAGCCCAUCCAGUUUGAAGUUAGCAUCGGAAACUACGGCAACAAACUGGACUCCACCUGCAAACCGCUGGCCUCCACCACGCAGUACAGCUUUGGCGUGUUUGAUGGUAAUCACUACUAUUACCUCCCGUGGGCCGACACAAAGCCAGUGGUGAUCCUCACGUCAUACUGGGAGGACAUCAGUCAUCGGCUAGACUCAGUAAACAUGCUCCUCUACAUCGCGGACAGACUGGAGUCCCACCUGACAUCUCUGAAGACGGCGCUCUUGGCCAAGGUUUCUGAGAUACGCCUCGCAGAGAUUUGGCUCAAGUUGAUUGAUCACUUGAUUGAUGAUCUGAGUAGCGUCCAGUUACCAGCAAUGGAGGGACAGCCCAAUUUGACCACGUUGGAUUUGCAGCUGAAGAAUUUACGUGACGCAGCUCUGGCAAACAUCAGAGAAGCAGCAGCUCGCAUGAGAACAGAGGCCACUGACACCAGGGCCACCAUCCCCGACAUGGAGGACUGGCUGGAGCGCAUCAAGCAGCUGGCAGAAGAGCCUCAGAACAGCCUGCCGGAUGUCGUCAUAUGGAUGUUGAGAGGAGAGAAGCGGGUGGCCUACUCAAGGAUCCCCGCCAAUCAGGUGCUGUACUCCAGCUUCAGCGAGCAAGCGUGUGGAAAGUACUGCGGGAGGACACAGACUAUCUUUAUGCAGUACCCCAUGGAUAAGAACAAGGGCAUUAAAAUCCCUGUCCAAGUGCGUCUCAACAUGUGGCUCGGCUUGUCGGUUCACGAGAAGAAGUUCAACAGCUACUCCGAGGGGAACUUCAGUGUCUACGCUGAACUGUAUGAGAAUCAAGUCAAGGUGAUUGGAAAAUGGGGAACCACAGGACUCGUCGGGCGUCAUAAAUUCUCUGAUGUGACAGGAAAAGUGAAACUCAAAAAGGAGCGCUUCAUGCCGCCUGUGAGCUGGGAGUGGAUGGACGACUGGUUUGUUGAUCCAGACCGAUGCUUACUGACAGAAGCCGACGCGGGCCACACUCAGUUCACUGAUGAAGUCUUUGAGAAUGAGACGCGUUUUCCCGGCGGAGAGUGGAAGCCGGCCGCAGAGCCAUUCACAGAUGUGAAUGGAGAGAAGGGCCAAAGCUUCCGAGAGCUGGAGUGCCCUCCUGGAUGGACGUGGGAAGACGAGUGGAGCUUUGACACUAACAGGGCUGUGGAUGAGAAAGGCUGGGAGUAUGGAGUCACAAUUCCUCCGGAUGACAAGCCCAAAUCCUGGGUUGCUGCUGAGAAGAUGUAUCACGUCCAUCGCCGGAGGAGACUGGUUCGCAGGAGAAAGAAGACGUCUGAGAAAGCAGCCCCUGCAGAGAGAAAAGAUUCAGGAGAAGGCUGGGAGUACUCAUCACUGAUUGGCUGGAAGUUUCACAGGAAGGAACGCUCUGCCGACAUCUUUCGCCGACGCCGCUGGAGGAGGAAGAUGGUGCCGUCAGAUUGCAUUGGAGCCUCUGCUAUCUUUAAACUAGAGGGGGCGCUGGGGGUUGACGUGGAUGACAAAAGUAGCAAAACAGACAGUGCCCCUGCCAAGCGCUUCGGAGCCAACACCCCCACGGUUUCCUGCCACUUCAGCCGCUCCCACCGCUAUCACCUGAGAGUCUAUGUGUAUCAAGCCAGGAAUCUCUGCGCCAUGGACAAAGACAGCUUUUCUGAUCCCUAUGCACAUGUGUCAUUCCUACACCUAAGCAAGACCACUGAGGUGAUCAGAAGCACCCUAAACCCGACCUGGGACCAGACUCUGAUCUUCGAAGACAUCGAGAUCUAUGGAGACCCUCAGACUAUUGCCCACAAUCCCCCCGAUGUGGUCCUGGAGCUGUAUGAUAGAGACCAAGUGGGUAAAGAUGAGCCCAUGGGCCGCUGCACGUGUCCCCCGGUGGUGAAGCUAAACCCGGCUGUAGCGCUGUCCCCAAAGCUGCUGUGGUUUCCAGUGGUGAAGAAAGGACGCAGCGCUGGGGAGGUCCUGGUGGCAGCCGAGCUCAUCCUUAAAGACACGGUAAACGAAGGCGACAUGCCCCUGGUCCCUGCUCGCCGCGGAGAGUCGCUCUACAUGGUUCCACAGGGGAUCAGACCCGUGGUGCAACUCACUGCUAUUGAGGUUUUGACCUGGGGCUUAAGGAACAUGAAGACGUACCAGCUGGCCACAGUCUCCUCUCCCAGUCUGGUGGUGGAGUGUGGGGGAGAGAUCGUUCAAACAGCGGUCAUCAAGAACUUCAAGAAGAAUCCCAACUUUCCCGGAUCAGUCUUGCUGCUCAAAGUGCUCCUUCCCAAAGAGGACAUGUACACUCCUCCCAUUGUGCUGAAAGUCAUCGACCACCGUCCGUUUGGCAGGAAGCCUGUGGUGGGUCAGUGCACCAUCCACUGCCUGGAGGAGUUCCGCUGUGACCCGUACGGCGUCAACAACGAGGUCAUGUCUGCUCGAGUGGCCAUGAUCGCUGCUGCCCAGGGGGAUGUCGUCAUCAACAUUGAAGAGAGACCUCUUGUGAAAUCUGAGCUUCAAACAGAAAAGGAGGAGGAGACGGUGGACUGGUGGAGUAAGUUCUUCGCCUCUGUGGGACAAAAGGAGAAGUGUGGGCCCUAUCUUCAGAAAGGAUACGAUUCUCUGCAGGUUUACGACCGGGAGCUGGAGGAAGUGUUGGAGUUCGAGCAUCUGACAGAUUUCUGCUGCACGUUCAAACUGCAGCGUGGGAAGACUGAGGAUGAGGAGGACGACCCGUCUGUGGUGGGAGAGUUCAAGGGCUCUUUCCGUAUCUACCCUCUGUCUGAUGACCCCCGGGUUCCCUCUCCACCUCGCCAGUUCAGAGAGCUCCCUGAAAGUUCCCCGCAGGAAUGUCUGGUCAGAAUCUACGUGGUUCGCUGUAUUGACCUCCAGCCCAAAGACACGAACGGCAUGUGUGACCCAUACAUGAAGAUCAGUCUGGGCCGAAAAACAGUGGAUGACCGAGAUCACUACAAACCAAACACACUCAACCCAGAGUUUGGGAGGAUGUUUGAGAUGUCUUGCUUCCUGCCUCAAGACAAGGACCUGAAGAUUGCAGUUUAUGACUAUGACUUAUUCAGCAGAGAUGAGAAAGUUGGUGAAACAGUUAUUGAUUUAGAAAACCGACUUCUGUCCCGAUUUAGGCCGUCAUGUGGUCUGCCUGAAACCUACUGCAUCUCAGGAAUCAAUCAAUGGAGAGAUCAACUGAAACCUUCCCAGAUUCUCCUUAAUGUGGCAAAGAUAAGAGGGGUGACUGCCCCUUGUGUGGAGGCAGAUUGGACCACCAUGACCUUUGCUGGAAAGCGAUACAGCCUGCAGGAGUUUGAAGCAAAUACUGUCAUCCAUUCUCACCUGGGACCCCCAAGAGAAAGACUGGCCCUUCACGUGCUGCGAAAACAGGGCCUGGUACCGGAGCAUGUGGAAACCAGGACGCUGUACAGCUCUCACCAACCCAACCUCUCCCAAGGACAAAUACAGAUGUGGGUGGACAUAUUUCCUAAAAACCUUGGUUUGCCAGGGCCUCCUUCUGAUGUCACUCCACGAAAGGCCAAAAAAUAUUAUUUGCGUGCCGUCAUUUGGAACACCACCGACGUCAUUCUGGACGAAACCAGCAUCACAGGGGAGAACAUGAGCGAUAUUUAUGUGAAAGGGUGGAUGCCAGGUAUGGAGGACGACAAACAGAAGACUGACGUGCACUACAGGUCCCUGGACGGUGAUGGAAAUUUUAACUGGAGGUUCCUCUUUGGGUUUGAUUACCUCCCAGCGGAACAACUCUGUAUGGUUUCCAGAAAAGAGCACUUUUGGAAUCUUGAUAAGACUGAAUUCAGGAUCCCGCCAAAACUCACUGUUCAAAUAUGGGACAACGACAAGUUUUCUCUGGAUGACUACUUAGGUUCUGUCGAGUUGGAUCUUCUCAACCUCAUCCCACCAGCUAAAACUCCAGAAAAGUGCAGCCUGAAAAUGUUACCAGGAAAAACUACAAGUGCUUUGUCUACCGGAGCCACGACAAAGUCCCUUUUCUCCCAAAAGUCUGUGCGCGGCUGGUGGCCAUGUGCCAUCGAGCAGGACGGAGAACGUAUACUUGGAGGCAAAGUGGAGAUGACAUUGGAGAUAGUAGAAGAGAAGGAAAUGGAGGAAAGACCGGCUGGGAAAGGCAGAGAUGAGCCCAACAUGAAUCCCAGACUGGAACCACCUAACCGGCCCGACACGUCCUUCUUCUGGUUCACCAGCCCUUGCAAGACGAUGAGGUUUAUAGUGUGGCGCCGUUUUAAAUGGAUUUUGAUAAUAGGUGUAAUCCUAAUGCUGGUGAUCCUGUUCCUUGGAAUCCUAUUCUACUCGCUGCCUAAUUACAUCUCAAUGAAGAUUACUCAGCUUCAAGUCUCACACACAGUGGUAUUCAUAAACUUAAAUCUUGGAUCAUACAGUAAAGAAGACAGGAUGGAUUCUCACUCAGGUGUCACCACUGAGGCUGAAGCAGGCAUUGUAAACCAUGCCGUUACAAACCCAAGCCUAACAUAUGUCAAAGAUGGACUCUUGGACACCACUGAAGACUUGGCAACAACAUCCGCACACGAUGAUGUAGCAUCUGCUCAUCCCCACUCUUGCAGCAGAAAGCAGACUUGCUGUUCCGACGGGCAGAGAUCAACCAGAACCAGUUCACCUGCUUCCCAGCCUGGUGCCAGCGCCCCCUCUGUGGGCCUCUCGCCGAAUCCCAAACUCACCUUGUGUCUUAGUAGUAGUCCUUUAAAAGGGGUGAGGACUCCAAACGAUGUGGAGAUGCUGAGUCCGGACAGCCCAGUUUCUAAAAUGCUGCAGAGCUCCACAGAUGGGACGUAUGCAGGCAGUGCCUGUUCUGAUGGGUCAGAGUUUGGAGACACGCCACAUCCUGUCAAACACCCACAGCGUCAAAGUUUAACCAAAGAAAGCCAAGCCCUUGAUUCUAUGGGAAGUGACAAUUCACAGUUAUCAGUGUACAGUGAAUCGGCCGAGUCAGAUCAUUUUCAAAACCAGACAGAAAGCAUUGCUUUUGCUCUGCUUGACAUGGACAGAGGGUGGCUGGGCACUCCUAUAGACGAGCUAAACCGAAUGCCUCAGUGUGCUCCUCCUCUGUCUCACAUGAAGGUAGUGCCUAACCACACCAUCUCCAUCAGGACAGAUCUCCUUAAAGAAGGUGAGAUUCCUGUUGCAUACCCCACCAAGUUUAAAGACACAUGGGACGAUCAGUCUGUGAAGAUGCCCUGCUCCGACAAGAAUUUGUUUCCUAUGGAGAGUGAGGAUGGAGGUGGAGUACAGAGCCGAUGGGAGCUGAUUCACACUGCCCUGCGUGGAGGUUUCAAAAGCAGUCUAGAUGUGCGGGAUGCCAUCCUGAGGUACAACACGGCACAUGCAAAGAAAUGGGACUUCACAGCCCUGAACCUGCUCUGUACAGAGUAUCUGGAGCAUUCCGAGGCGCAGCACAUGUUGCAGGUGGUGCUGCCCGCCAUGGUGGACCUGGCACUCAGCGCUCCACACAUCUGCACAAUGCCCAUACCUUUACUCAAGUCUCGGAUGAACCACUCCCUGACGCUGUCUCAGGAGCAAAUCGCUUGUCUGCUGGCCAACGCCUUCUUCUGCACAUUCCCCAGACGAAACUCUCGGAAAUCAGAGUACUGCAACUACCCAGAGAUUAACUUCUACAGGUUAUUUGAAGGUUCUUCUACGAGGAAGAUUGAGAAGUUGAAAACCCUGUUGUGUUACUUCAGGAGAGUUACACAAAACAGGCCAACGGGUUUGGUUACAUUUACAAGACAAGUACUAGCUACUUCACCAGACUGGGAAAGCUCUCAGAGUCAGCUGACGCGUCUACACAUCACGUGUAAGGGGACCAUUGAGGACGGUGGAUACGGGAUGCUGCAGGUGGAUUUUGCAAACCGGUUCGUGGGCGGGGGAGUGACGGGACACGGUUUGGUCCAGGAAGAGAUCCGCUUCGUCAUCAACCCGGAACUGAUCGUGUCUCGCCUGUUCACUGAGGCGCUGGAGAGCAACGAGUGCCUCAUCAUUACAGGCACGGAGCAGUAUAGUAAAUAUUCAGGUUAUGCAGAGAGUUAUAAGUGGGCGGGCAGCUACAAAGAUGAGACGCCAAGGGAUGAUUGGCAGAGGCGGUGUACUGAAAUCGUGGCCAUAGACGCGUACAAAUACAGAAAGUUCAUUGAGCAGUUCUUUCCGGAGAAGAUGACCCGAGAACUUAAUAAGGCGUACUGCGGAUUCUUCCAACAUAACGCCAACCGCCAGCAUCUCUCCGCAGUCGCUACGGGCAACUGGGGCUGUGGAGCUUUUGGUGGGGACACGAAGCUAAAAGCUCUCAUUCAGCUGAUGGCAGCAGCCGAGGCCGGGAGGGACGUGGCGUACUUCACAUUCGGACACGCGCAGCUGAUGAGGGACGUCCACGAGAUGCACAAGUUCAUCACGGAGAGGCGUGUCACAGUGGGGCGCCUGUACAGCCUGCUGCUUCAGUACUCCAGUGUGGUGUGUAAGAGCUGCCGAACCACCGGGCCUGACGUCACCCUCUACAGCUUCAUCUACGAGAGGGUCUCGUCCCAGAGCAAGGUCCCCGACGCCAAAGAUCCUGGAGAGGGCUCCCUUACGUCAGACUUGCAUUAA